AAGGAACAUGAGAGGCUGUGUGUAUGACAGAGCAAGAGCUGGAAACAAACAUCAGUGAAGAAUGAAGGCUUUAGUAUGUAUACUGCUGCUGUUGGAAACCUUUGUGUUUGUCGUCCAGCAGCAGGUAGAUGGAGGACUCAAUGAGAAUGAGAUCAGUCAACAGAUCAGCUCUGAGGACAGAAGACAGAAUCCACCUCAAACAGACACUUUGAGAGCUGAAGCUGCAACUGACAGCCAACAAUCCUGCCAUCUGUGCUUCCCUGAAAUCCAUGCAGUACUGAGAGAACUGACCGCCACCGUUACAGAGCAGAAAGGAAACAUCAGAGAACUGACCGCCACCGUUACAGAACUGAGGGAUGAGAUGAACAAGAAAAAUGAAGAAAUUUCAAAUCUUACUCUGGGUCAAGUGGAGUUGAAAAAGGAAAAUAGAGACAGAGAAAUAGCUUUUUCAGCUGGACUGAUGCAAUCUGGCAGUGGAUAUAUUGGUCCUUUUACCACUGAAAUCACACUAACCUACAAGAAAGUCUUCACAAACAUUGGGAACGCCUACAACCCAGUUACAGGUAUUUUCACAGCCCCACUGAAAGGAGCGUACAUGUUCAGAGUCUCUGUAUAUGGUCAUGGUGGAACUGCAGCAACUGUAUCCAUUAUUAAGAAUGGAGAGCAUGUGGUUAUGGCGCAUGAGGAUCAGGCUCAGAAUGCGUUAGCCGCCUCGAAUGGAGUUGUGUUGAUCCUGGAGGUUGGAGAUGUUGUCUAUGUGAGACUUCGGUCUGGCACGAGGAUAGCAGAUAGCGAGAAUAACCACAACACUUUCAGUGGUUUCCUGCUGUUUCCCUUAAGAGAACAAGAGCUUUGUAGAAUGUGAUUCCAAUAAUUCUGA